GGAACGGCAUUGCUAGCUUUCAGUUCAAGCUAGGAUCUCCACUGUUUCUUGGUGACGAGGAUCGACGACAAUGGAGUCCGAGAAGUCCAAAGCCGUGAUCGGCGUCGUGCGAGCGUCGAGGCCUCUGUUCCGGAGCCGGCACGACCGCCUCGCUUUCGCCGUCCACGCGACGUUCCUCGCCUCCGGCUACUCGCUCACCGCCACUGGACCUGCCGCUUACGCCGCUGACGCUCUCUCCUCUUCCUCCACCGAGGAGGUUGGGAUCGAGCACUGGAACGAGGCCGAUGACGAGUAUGCGUUCGUGUACAUAAGUCCUGAGGACUCGAAGAAAGUGCUGGUGAAGUGUCUUGCGAUGGACGACAAGCUGGUUGUGGAUGCUUUGAAAGACGGGGCUGCUGAACCUGUUCAUCUAGAGAUUGAUGUUGAUGAGUUCAUUGGGGAGGAUGGAGCUGCGAGUUACUCUGGUCAGUUCAAAAAUCUGGAUAAGUUGUUGAAGAGUUUGGAUACGGAGAUAUUGUCAAAAUUGAAUGGCUCAUCGAGGCCUAGUUCGUCAACGAAUGAUAUCGGAAGAGAAAAUAGUGAAGGACCAAGACAACGUAUCGAUGAGCCUGGUCUUGCUGCUCGUGAGCCUUGGGGUCCACAAGUUCAUCCUUCAGGAGUUAUAAGUCCUCCUGUUUAUCCUCUCGGUGGCAAUGACCUUUUUCCUGGGCCUGGGGCUGGAAUGUACCCAACCAGGGGUGGUUAUGGUAGCGGUGGGAGUAUGCUUUUAGGACCUGAUGAUCCUAGUUGGUUUGGUGGAGAUGCUGGACGUCCUGGUUUUCCUGGAGCCCAACCGGGCGUCCCUCCAGGUGCUCGUUUUGAUCCAUAUGGUCCACCUGGUGUGCCUGGUUUUGAGCCUAGUCGAUUUGUCAGAAACCCGAGGGGACCUGGUGGCAGGACGCACCCAGACUUGGAGCACUUCCGGGACGGUUCGGAUUUCAUCUGAAUCCAACAGCUUGUAGAUUCACGCCGUUUUCUACCUGACAAGAAGAGAAUCAAAAUGGAAGAGAGAUGGCAAUAGUAAAAUGCUGCUGCCCGUAAACAUCCUCUUAAUCCGCCGUUCCUUAAGUCCUUAUAAUCUGCUUUUCUGUGUGCCUGAGUCGAAUGGCUCUGUAUAUUGCUAUGUUGAUAAGUUAUUGAUUUUGAUAUUAAUGGUUAAAUUCGCAUUACAACUU